GUUAGAACGGUUGUUAUUAUUGGGGAGUGGUGGACUGGGAGGUGGUACGGGUGUGGGCGGUGGGAGUUCGGGUUCGGGGAGGUCGGGAGGAGGUUCGAGUUCGUCGUCGUCCUCACUGACCAGCUCGACACCGUACCACCACCACCUGCAGAUCGACGCACCCACCAUAUCAUUCAACUCGUCCGUGAAUCGACCCUUCGAAGACCUGCCUGAAAACUUCCUCGAGACCAUAUCCCCCCAACAGACACAACCCCCCGGUCCCGGGGGGGCGAAUGUGCCCUCGAACGGAUCCGGUGCCGGCGGACAGCAGGACAGCCCGCAGCUGGCUUCGCUCGCGCCCAUGAGUCUGGGAAGUGGGGACAGGUGA